UAUUGUCAAAAUUUGUUGUGUCAUGUCUUCAUUGUAUUAUUUUUGUUCCAUAUCAACAUUUGUGAAAUUGUGUGAAAUAUAAUACAAAUCUAAAAAAUAGUUUAUAACUGUGCCAGUAAACGAUAAAAAAAUAGUAUUAACCAUGCAUUGGUACGGGGGAAGUAUUGCAGAAGCGGUUGCAUUAUCAAAACAAAGAAAUGCAAUUUUCGUCGUUUUUGUUGAAGGUGACAAUGAACAAUCAGCCGAAAUGUCAUCUAUAAUUGACAAUGGAGCUGUGGAGAAGAGGCUAUCGGACACAGAAAACUUCCUUGCCAUCAAGUUGAAGAGCGGAUCUAUAAACUAUACACAUUUUGCACAAAUUUAUCAAUUUGUGCCGGUGCCAUCUCUUUUCUUCAUCAAUAGGAAUGGAACACCACUGGAGGUUGUCUGCGCAGGAGUUGAGGCUCAAAACCUGGCCACAAGGAUAGAUAGAAUACUAGAAGAACAUAACAAAGAUAAGAAAGUCACGGUCCAACCAUCAACAUCUGGACAGAAUUUGAAGCAGCAGACAGCUAACCUGAUACAAGCGGAGGCAGGUAACCCUGGGACAAAUCCAACCUCGAACCCUGGUAAUGAGAUGCCACCAACCACAGCCAGUACCACCAGUAAUGAGACAAAACCAGCAAUGCAACCAGCUUGUAGCUCUAGUAAUGAGAACAAACAAGCAACUGUAGCAGCUAGUAAUGCUAGUAAUGAGGCAAAACCAACAACAGCAUCGGCUUCAAUAUCAUCUGUUGAUGCUGAACCAGAGACAUCAUCGGGUCCCGCGGCCAAGAUCGCAAGAACGGAGUUUCAUGAGGUGACGCGUUCAGGUCAGGAGUACGAAGUGGUGUGCGAUGACGACGUGUGCGUGAGGAAGCCUAAAGGCAAGCUGGAGGAACCCGGACCCAGCAAUAAGGACACUCCCGCUAACAAACCUGAAACUCCUGCUCCGACUCCGGUGAGUGAGGCCAGCUCUGAUGAGAAGGUGGAGCGGGCUAAGGAGCUGAUAGAGGCUGUAAGGAAAGAGAAAUUGGAAAAGGAGAAAGAGUUGGAGAAGCAGAAGGAGUUGGAACGGCGCGCUGUGGGCCAGGGCGUCGCUGAACUCAAGAAAUGGCAGGCUGACCAGGAAUUGAAACAAUUACAGGAGGAGCGCAAGCGUGAGAAGUUGGAGAACAACUUGGCCCGGCAGCGCAUAUUGGAGCAGAUAGCGCAGGACCGCGCGGAGCGGCGCGCGCGCGACCAGCCGCCGCACUCCUCGCAGCCCGCGCAGCCCCCGCAGCCCCAGCCGCAGCCUCCGCCCACCUCCACUGUAGGCGACGGCGGGUCGCGCGCGCGCGUGCAGUUCAAGAUGGCGGACGGCAACGCGCACACGGCGCACUUCGACGUCGACACCACGCUGCUGGAGCUGCGCAGAUACGUCGCUACUAACUUACAAUUGCGUCAGUCUGAGUUCUCCCUGUGGACGGCGUUCCCGCGCCAGGAGCUGACGGAGGAGGGGUCCACGCUGCGGCGCCGCCGCGGCAACAUACACCGCCUCGCCGGCGACGCCAACAACGACGACGAUAAUAACACGUGGAACGGAAACUCUACGCAGCAGAUGUAAUUCUAUCAAAGACAUUCAAAAUAUAUAGAGUAGACAUAGUGAACAUUUUGUUUACCGGUAACUUUUUUGAAAGGUACUAUGUUAGUUGUCAAAUGUAGAACAACCUUUUAUUGAUAUGAAAUAAAACUUUAGAAAAUCAUUAUAUAAUGGUAGUAAAAUAAUAUAUAAACAUUUAAAUAUGUUUCACAUCUGUUAGCAAUAACUUAUUUAAAUACAAUUAAUUGUAUUGAUAUGUGCAUUUGAAGAUCUUUGAAUAGUUACGAUUUUGUGGAUCAGGUGAAUAAUAUCUGAAGUGAAAUGUAAACUAUGCGUCCUCUAUAUAUUUUUUGAAUCUCUUUGACUUCUACAUUUAUUUAUGUUUUAUUGUAAGGUGUGUCGGGACCCUGUUUAUAAUUUUGAUUCCAUUCCGAUUAACUGCAUGACGUCAUAGCUUGUAGCGAAUAAAGAAUUUAGUGAGACGGAAAUUGGUGUGAACGAUGACGUCAUAGCGUGUACAGGCAGAUCUUUUCGCGGUGUUCCACUUUGAAGAAUUUAAUUCCUUGCAAAAAGACAAACUCAUAUAAUUAACUAUUUAGAUCAAACGACAGGUUAAUAAUAAAAACAAUUAGUCGUGUAUUUUCGACCUUUUUUCAUAGAGGCGCAUUUAAAGAUGUGUUCUAAUAUGUAUUGUUAGUUCAGACGAUUGUCUUAGUUAAGUUGGGACACCGCCAGAUUCCCUGAUUGUACUUUUUCACAUAUUAUGUCCACUGACUUAGUGCGAUCGAUCUAUACAUUAUAUCAACGCAUUACGCGUAUACGCAUUUUACGAGAUAAAAUUAUUUUUUUUUGCUACAUAUUUUAUUAUUAUUUUUCCCCUUUAAUAUAAUUAAAACAUGUUAUUCCA